AUGCCCUCCAUCGCAACCGACAGCCACUACCGUUCGACGGCUGCCUCCAGUCCCUCCAACUCCUUCGAUCUCCCCCAGAGGAAAUCCUAUGACAAGGUCUCCGUCGGGAACACCUUUCUCUACACCCCCGGCCUCAAUGGCGACUCGGUCCACCUCGAACCCCAUGCUCUCUCGCAGCAAUCCGACCACAACCAGCUCGUGACGGACCUGAAGAAUGGCAGUGCCCAUUCUAUGAAUGGUGCGCGGUCCAGCGUCAGCUCAUACAGUCGGGAUCGGGGCUAUCCCAAAGAUGACCAAAACGACAGCUCGCAGUCUCUGGGUAGCGGCCGAUCCGCUCGAGAGAGCAAAGACCAGCCGCCGCCGCCGCCGCCUCCGCCUCAGCAGCAGCAAUCGGGACAGGGGUCAGCUAUGGUAGACGGUCCUGCUACCGGGUCUGGGGAAGGGACAGCGUCUCCGUCCACGGUUCCCCAGGUCAAUGGCGUCUCGUCUCAUUCAUCUAGCCCCAAACCAACGGCUAAUGGAGAUACCCAUCAACCGUCCACCACUGAUGAUCGCGGCCUCUCAGAGGUCAAUGCAUCCUCUUCUCCGGCGAACUUGCCUGCAUCGACGUCCCUUCCCGACCAUACUUCCCACCAGCCCCAAGAGUCCGAUCGUCUGGCACCACCCAAGCGCCCUGGUCACCGAUAUUCCUCCCCGCCGGCCCCAUCCAACGUCGACGGUGCCGGGCAGUCUUCCCUCUCCUCUCGACAAUCACAACGGCACACUCUCCAAGUCCCGAAGCCGGCCCCUGGCCGCAAAAACAGUCGCGAACUCUCCGAUGACACACAUGCUUAUAGCAGUGGUCGAUUGUCACCCACCGGCGGUCAUCUCCGCCGCGGGUCGCUGAGUCUGGUCCGACGGGCUACCCGGACGGGUGCUGCGGAGCAUCACCCGGACGACGCCCUGGCUGAUGAGGAUGCUGCCCGGUGGGCAGAGGCCAUCAAACAGAAGCGGGCGCGAAAAAAGCGGCGGGAAGAAGAGGACGACGACCGGGUGAUAGUCGGGACCAAGGUGGAUCAGAACCAUGUCAACUGGGUGACCGCAUACAACAUGUUGACGGGAAUCCGAUUCGUGGUGUCGAGGAUCAACGCCAAAAUGGAUCGCGAGCUUACCCCGGCGGAUUUUGAAGCCAAACAUAAAUUCUCUUUUGAUGUGACGGGCAAUGAAUUAACGCCCUCCGCCAAAUACGAUUUCAAGUUCAAAGAUUACGCGCCCUGGGUCUUUCGGAGUUUGCGGGCCAAAUUCAAGCUGGAUCCGGCGGACUACUUGAUGUCUCUGACGAGCAAAUACAUCCUGUCGGAACUGGGGUCUCCCGGGAAGAGUGGCAGCUUCUUCUACUUCUCUCGCGACUACAAGUACAUCAUCAAGACGAUCCACCACUCCGAGCACAAGCUGCUCCGCAAGAUCCUUCCGGAAUACUAUCGACAUAUCGAGAACAACCCGAACACGCUGAUCUCUCAGUUCUACGGCCUUCACCGCGUGAAGAUGCCCUAUGGUCGCAAGAUCCAUUUCGUCGUGAUGAACAAUCUUUUCCCACCUCACCGAGACAUCCACCAGACGUUCGACCUCAAGGGGUCGACCAUCGGUCGCGAUCUGCGUGAAGAAGAUCUGGAGAGGAAUCCGCGAGCGACGAUGAAGGAUCUCAACUGGCUGCGACGAAAACGACAUCUCGAGCAGGGCCCGAUGAAAAAGGAGGUGUUCAUGGCGCAGCUCCGGCGAGACGUCAAGCUCUUGCAAAAACUCAACAUCAUGGAUUAUUCGCUGUUGGUGGGAAUUCACGAUCUGAGUCGAGGGAACGAAGAGAAGCUUCGUGACAAGACGUUGCAGGUCUUCCAACCCGGUGGCGAUCGCGACGAGGAUCCGAACCCCAAUCUGCUGAUGAGGACACCGUCCAAGCUCGAGAAUGCGCGCAAAGCCCGUGAGUUGCGGUUGACUCUGAAACGGGAGCGACCGGUUCCUCUCGAACAAACGGCCGCUAAAAUGCCGGAUGAGAUUCUGGAUGAGAGGAAAAAUCUGGUCUUCUACUCGGAUGAUGGCGGAUUCCGGGCCACCCACGAGAAUGGCCAGCCUGGAGAGGAGAUUUAUUACCUGGGUAUCAUCGAUUGUCUGACCCAUUAUGGCGUGCUGAAAAAGAUGGAAAACUUCUGGAAAGGUCUUUCUCAUAAUCGAUCCCAGAUAUCCCCGAUCCCUCCAGAUGCCUAUGGUGAGCGGUUCAUCGAAUUCAUGGAAGGGAUAACCAUGUCGAAGGAAGAGGCCGAACGACUGGAGCAGGCUUGCGCUCAAGAGGGUACUUCUCAGGAUGCGUCGAAAACCAGCCAGGGACUCCGUCGACCAUCUGUCGAAAGGACCAUGAAAGCCGCGGAGGAAGAGGCCGCCAAGACUGGCCCUGAGCCGCACGCCCGGACAGUAUCGACGAUGUGGGAUCCGAAGGACGUCCACAGCCCUAGCGGACCGUCGACUCUGCCCAUCGUGGAUGAAGCGGGUGAAGCUGCGAGUACGAAGAGCGGACGAAGCCGGACCAAAAUCAGCCCACCGCCGUUUUCUUCGCUUUUCGGAAAGCAUGACAAGGGGAAAGGACGAGAACCGCGCGAGGGCGCGGCCGCAUAA